GAGCAUUAUCGGCUAGUUCGUCGUAGAGUAAGCAUCCUCGUCGACCGGACUUUCGUUGUCCCGGCGUCUGAAAAUGCGAUUCUUCAGCUCAAUUUUCCUUCUGUUGGCGGUUACGAUCGUCACCGCGGAAGUCUACUUUGAGGAAAAGUUCCUCGACGAUUCCUGGGAAAAGAAUUGGGUAUAUUCUGAACAUCCUGGAAAGGAAUUUGGAAAGUUUGUUUUAAGCCAUGGAAAAUUUUGGAAUAAUCCAGACAAUGAUAAAGGUAUCCAAACAUCUCAAGAUGCCAGAUUCUAUGCCCUGAGCACGAAAUUCAAGCCAUUCAGCAAUAAAGACAAAACGCUUGUUAUUCAAUUUACUGUUAAGCAUGAACAAAAUAUCGACUGCGGCGGUGGAUACGUGAAAGUAUUUGAUUGCUCGUUGGAUCAAAAAGAUAUGCAUGGUGAAAGUCCAUAUCAGAUCAUGUUUGGACCUGAUAUUUGUGGACCAGGAACAAAGAAAGUUCAUGUGAUCUUCAGCUACAAGGGCAAAAAUCUUCUGAUUAACAAAGAUAUCCGCUGCAAGGACGAUAUAUAUACCAAUUUGUAUACUCUGAUUGUUAAGCGUGACAACACAUACAAAGUUUUAAUCAACAAUGAGGAGGUUGAAUCAGGUGAAUUGGAAGCAGAUUGGGACUUCCUUCCACCGAAGAAGAUCAGAGAUCCGUCCCAGAGCAAACCUGAAGAUUGGGACGACAAUGCUACCAUUCCCGAUCCAGAUGACCAAAAACCAGAGGACUGGGACAAACCCGAGCACAUUCCCGAUCCCGAGGCCACUAAACCCGAAGAUUGGGAUGAUGAAAUGGACGGAGAGUGGGAAGCUCCAAUGAUUGAUAAUCCCGAAUAUAAGGGUGAAUGGAAACCGAAACAAAUUGAUAAUCCUAACUACAAAGGACCCUGGAUCCACCCAGAGAUUGACAAUCCUGAAUACACUCCUGACCCAGAAUUGUACAAGAGGGACGAAAUUUGCGCUAUCGGUUUCGAUCUCUGGCAAGUAAAAUCUGGUACAAUAUUCGACAAUGUCCUGAUUACGGAUGAUCCUGAGGUCGCUCGUAAAUUUGGGGAAGAAGUUUGGAAACCCACUAUUGAGGGUGAGAAAAAGAUGAAAGAGGCUCAAGAUGAGGAGGAAAGAAAACAGAGACAAAAGGAGACUAAAGAAAAUGAAGAUAAUAAAGAUGAUGAUGAGGAUGAAGAGGCGGAUGAAGAGGACAAUAAUGUCCCUGAUACUGAAGAACAUGAUGAAUUGUAAAUAAUGUGUUGUGAUGGACACGAAUACAGACUGUAUUCCAGGAGCUGUGUGGCCGCGACACGCACUAAUUUUCUAUAAGAACACAUAUAAAUCAUAGCGAUAAAAAAGAAAAACUAACCAUUGCCAUAAAAUGAAUCGGAUCCCUUUCGAUCGAACGAAAUUCUACGGGGAAAAAGAAAUAUUUAUUAAAUUCGUGGACAAUUUGAGUCAGUGUACCCAUAAGAGUUCUUUCAUUUUUUUCUAAAGAAACAUGGCCUCAUCUUCGUAGCCUGAAUUUUCAAACCUAGUCUUCAAUCGUUCGUUCGUGUUCCAUGAAAUUCAUCGAUGUGAGGUUACUGUCCCGAACGUUGAGUGUCAAAAAAAAAAGAAAUCAAAGUGCUCAUUAUGUGCUACCAAAAUACAUAUGGUGUAUAUAUAUAUAUAUAUAUCAUAUAGAGUCAUCUUGCCCCGUGUCCUCCCCUCCCCAUGACACAGCUCCAUGAAAGACUAAGUUGUUCCGUUUUUGUUUGUCAAGUGUUUUUAUAUACAAUUGAAAGAUAAUUGAAAUGUAAUUUAAUGAUGCUAUAUUAUAUAUAUAUAUAAAUAUAUAUAUUAUAUAUUAUUUCAAUUUCCGUACAGUGUACGCGCGUAUUAAACAUCUCGCUCCACCUAAAAUGUAAGAAUGAUUGGAUGUAUGCAGACAUGACUGAAUGAAAUAUAAAUAUAAAUAUGAUUGGUACGAUUAUGUAUUAAAAGCAAAACCAAGUAACCAAUGUAAUAAAAUAAAUAAGACUUUUCUAGA